AGCAAGAUCAUGAUCAACUCUACUCGUGUUUCAUUUUUCACACUUGGUGCCUACUUUGACACUGGGCUUUUUAAAUACUUUUUGUUCAUUAUUGUUAUGUUGUUAUAUAUUCUAAUUGUUUGUGCCAACGUUUUGCUGAUUGUGGUGAUCUGCGUGAACAGAAGCCUACACGAACCUAUGUACCUGUUUCUGUGCAGCCUGUUUGUAAAUGAACUGUAUGGUAGCACAGGGUUGUUUCCAUUCCUUCUGCUUCAGAUUCUCUCUGACAUUCACACUGUUUCUGUUCCCUUUUGUUUCCUGCAGAUUUUAUCUGUGUAUACAUAUGCGAGUAUACAAUUUACUAAUUUAGCCGUCAUGUCUUAUGACAGAUACCUCGCUAUAUGUUGUCCUCUACAGUAUAACACACGUAUGACACAUAACAAGGUUGCCAUGCUUAUUACUGUAACAUGGUUAUAUCCAUUUCUUGCGAUUUUAAUUUUGAUAUUUUUGACUGCCCCGUUACAGCUGUGUGGGAACAUCAUUUACAAAGUUUACUGUGACAACUACUCCAUCGUUAAACUGGCCUGUUCUGACACAACAGUCAAUAACGUUUAUGGAAUAUUUUACUCUUUUGCAACAGUUUUUCUUGUAUUUUUAAUCCUGUACACUUAUAUGAGGAUUCUCAAAGUUUGUUUUUCUGGUUCCAAGCGGACCAGACAAAAAGCCGUCAGUACCUGCACACCUCACCUUGCUUCUCUGCUCAACUUCUCUUGCGGGUGUUUCUUUGAGAUUGUACAGAAUAGAUUUGAUAUGAAACAUGUACCUAAUAUGUUGAGCAUUUUUUUGUCAUUAUACUGGCUGACAUGCCAGCCGCUCUUCAAUCCUGUAAUGUAUGGACUGAAUUUCACCAAAAUCCGCAUCACAUGUACAAGUGUUAUCUUUGGUAAAAUGUAA